ACAGUUUUGCUUCCUGCACACCACGAGAGAGAGGGUAUAUUUUCGGUUGAACUCGUACUUACUACGCUGAUAUAUUAUACAUAUACAACUAUAUGAGAAAUUAUUACUUAACUGUCUUGUCGUCUAUGGUAGAGUGAUUUUAAUACGAGAUAAUUUUACACCCAACACACAUACGCAACACACGCAACACACACACACAUGUGAGGUGACUAGCGCGCAGACGCCGCGUACUUACCCAACAUAACCAAUGACAAUAUUAAGUUAUAUCAGCGCCGAGACGAUGGCAGCACGUAGGCCUAACUGCGCGUUCGGGUCGAGCAAUCGGUUGUGCAAAACGAAGCAUAAACGCGGUACAAUCAUUGUUGUUUAAUGUUUUCCCCCCUUCCGAGUUACCUCCAGAUACGACAACACACGAGACACCACGGGCAAAGCGGGUAAUAAACAAAGAGCAAACCAGAAACUAGAAGCAAACUUAUCUUUGUGAAACUAUAUAUAUAUACUCUUAUGAAUUAUAUGAUACUCGUAAUUGUGCGUUCUAUUUUUUUACGCAUGGAUGUUUGAUAGGUUUUACAAGCGCAGCCAACGGCUCAGCUGUUGGACACGUAGAGAUACACAAUCGUUUUUUAUCGAAGAAGAAUUCGCGCACAAUUCGGUGGCGUAGGCAGCCGGGCGGCGCGGAUGAUAUCAGGGCUGGGGGUCGCACCCGCAAUGCUGGGCGGACAAAGGGCAGAGGAGUGAGUCGAGUGCAAUGUACGCGGCGGCCGGGGGCGCGAGCCUCGCCAGUCGGCAGGCGCGCCAGCGGCAGCGGCAGAACAAGAAGGCCGCCGCGCAGAAGGCGUCCAAGGCCAGCGAUAUCCUGCCGAAGCCGCCGCAGAAGGGACAGUUCCAUAACUAUACCGACGAGCAGGUGCCGCGGCUGUCGCGCGUUGAACGCAACGCGCUCAAACCGCCGGCGGCGCUCGCGACUGGUGACCGCCGCCACAGCACCUCCAAUUAUCAUCUGAAAGAACCGAGAGCGCGUAUUAGGGAGAGCCCCUCGAUCUGCCUGCCGGUGCAUCCAUCGCAUGGUCAUUGCCAUAGUCAUGCGCUUCAUCAUUCGCAUGGUCCAGCUGCUGCUGCUGCUGCGGCGGCGGCGGCGGCGGCAGCGGCCGCCACACCACGUUCGCCCUCGGUCGUCAGCCACCAGCUGCCGCAGAUCCUCAUCCCGGAGGGUGAUAAAUCCCUCGAGCGGCGGUGUAGCUUCGUGCGGCAGGUGGAAGAAGAGAAGGAUGGUGAGAAGGGCGUGCUGGACCGAUGUAAUCACAUGUGCAACUUCGAGAUCAAGGAGAAGACGUGGGACCACCACGAUCCGGGCUUCUACACCGAGUACGACGUCUUCGGCAGCCUGGAUUAUCCUUUCUCCGAGUGCUCGCAGGGUCGGGCAGCAUGGCAAGAACGGGAACGGGGGAGACGCUGCUCCCUCUCGGACGAAGCGCGACAGCAUCGCCUCAAGCAGAACGAGGCGCAUCACAGAUGGAUGAAAAGAAAUCGGAUCCACGACACGACAUAUGGCGGGAGCAGCGAAGAGGAAGACUUCUUCGACGUGUAUCACCAGAGCGCGGCGGCCAAUGCACUGCUCUACGUCGGGCUCGGCACGGUCGCCAUCGGCGCGGUCAUCUUCUUCGUCGGCACCGGCGAGAAGGGCUUCAAAACGCUGGAGCUGCGGCUGAUCGGUCCCACGCUGGUCGCGUGCGGCUUACUCUGCUGCCUGGUGCGCGUGCUGCUCUGUGCGUGCCCGUCGACGUGUCUGCGCGGCCGCAAGAAGGCGCGCCUCAAAAACGUGUGCCCGCACGGCGGCGGGGGCGGCGCGCAUCCGCACCCGCACCACCAUCACGGUGGAUCCGCGAGCCGCUGCCCGCUGACGCGCGACCGCUCGGCGGACGCAUGCCAUCCGAGGACUACGCACGCCUCGACCUCGUUCGAGAAGCAUAAAAAGAAAGUGUCCAUCGUGACGGGCGGCGCGGGCCACCCAGUGCCGGGCACCAGCGCCGCCGACUUCCAGGACGCGGAGCGCGCGCCAAUGCUGGCGCCAGUGAACGCGGACGCGGACACAAAGACGCUCAUACCGAUCAUCACGGUGCCGGACGACGACGACGACGGCGCCGGCCCGCCGCGCGUCGACUCGCUCAUCGAGCUGGACCAUCUCGACGCGGCCGUCUAUGACCUGCAGAGCAUCUCCAGCUACGAGUCGGAGACGGUCAUCGAGAUCGAGUGCCGGCCGAAGGAGUCGAAGCAUACGCGCGGCCGCGCGCCUGCUAAUCUCGCCGCCUCCACGUCCACGGCCGGCGACGACGCCAUCAUCGUCGUGGAGCCGCGCCGCGAGCCCGAGGCGCAUCACAGCGGCAUCGUGCUCAGCCCGCUGCAGCUCGGGCAGUAGUUCUCGAUCGCGAUAUUUAUUUAAGCAGCAGCAUCUCGACGCCGACCGCAGGUGCACCGCGACGAUGGCGAGAGGCGUGCGGAACGCGCACAAGCGACGAUUGCGCGCGAGUCGAUCGGACAUAUCCUCACCACCCGACGCAAACAACAAAUUCAACAAAAAUCAAACGAAACAAUCACUUCCAGCGUCGCAAUCGUCGCGCAUGCGCUGUUUCCACGCCUCGCGCCCGCGACACCUGCACUCUCAUCCAUAAACGAACAAAUCUGUGCGCUAAACGAACGCAGAAACAAAAACAGAAACGAAAAGUAACUGUGGACAGUUUGAGUGGUGCCACCGAAGUCGUCUCUCAUUAUGCGCAUACACCGCUGGCUAGAAGCAAACCAGACACGUAAACGUUUAUAACUGUAUAAUUAAAUAAUCAAAUGAGAUACAAUAAUUAAUUAUACGCGUACAAAGAAGAAAACUACUCAAUGUUAUAUUUGUUGUUAUUGUUAGUGAAGAGAUGUGCGCAGACGCUGAAGCGAGAGAGGCGAGCGAGUGUGACAAAUGCGAGCAAUGCAAGGGAAAGAGCCGUAAAUAAUUUAUAUAAUGUUACACAUUAAAUUAAACAGUUGUUAGUACAAAGUAUAAUUAUAAAUAAACAAUGUCAAAAAAAAAAAACGUAAGACGUAAGAAGCAAAUUAGCGAAUAAUAAAACUACUAAAAGAGAAAUCUAUGCUUUAAAUAAGUAAACAAAAAGAGAAGCGAGAGCAAAAAUUGAAGGAAUAUGAGAACAAUCGUCGUGUUCUAAUAAAUAAUAGAUAAUAAUUACUAGGUAAAUAUGAUGAGAUGAAUUUUUUUCCGGUUUACUCGAUUGUGAUGGCACAUAUCAACAAUUAUGAGUUUGAUUUGGCGAUGAUGAAGACGAAGAAAAAACACACAAACACGAGUAGUCAACCGAAUUUUGAAUUCGUACAAUCAACUAUCAAAGAUGCGGCUUAAGUGUGCAUUCGAGGAUUCACACAUAAAACACACGCCUACUAAAAAUUUGUUCUGUUUAAGUAAGAAAGAAGAAAAAAUUGAAGAAAAUGAAGAAAAAUCACGUUGACUACUUUAUACAAAUUAUUGACCGUCCUUGUGGUUUGUUUCGUUACGUUUUGUAAUCGCGAGGCGGCAGGAAGCCGAAUCAUCUCGUUCAGAAAAUGAUUGCAGAUGUAGAUUGUCGGUGGCACAACGAAAACAGUAUUUAUUUAUUUUCUAAGAUGCGUUAGUGGUAACCAAAGCAACCAAUCUAUGAGUAUAAACGACCAAAAUCAGUUUGGUGUGUGCUAAGGUUGAAUACGACGCAGUGUAAUGAAAAAGAUUGCUGAUUACUUCAGUGUAUUCUUGUGUGUGCGAACAAGAAGCGUGGCAGCGCCCACCAUCAAACUAAAAAAAAAACCAAUAAAACUAUACACACAAAGAACAAAAAAAAAACCUACAAAAAUUUGAGUAAAAGUAAACGUAAAUAGAGAACGAAAUAAAUUAACUAUUUGCUAUUUAUUAUAAUGUUGACCUAGUGUGCCUAGUUAAUUUUUCUAAUUAUAAAAUUAUCGUAAGUUUAUAAUGUACAACUGAUUUAUAUUAAAUUGCUUUUUUACUUCGGAGAGUUACAUAUGACGUAUGCGAGUUUUUGCUUGAGCGUUUCUCGUGCUCGUUCUCGAUUUUGCAUUCACUGAAUUAGCCGCUGGCUGAGCGUCUGGGGGGCGGCGGCGGCGGUAAAAUACACGAUCACAAGUCAUUCGCACACCCAACCCCUGGACCUACCCAGUCGGCGGCGACGCGAACAAAUGGUUGUAAUGUUGAUUCAAUUAUUGCAUUCGAUCUGCGUACAGAAUUUUUUAGAUGCCUUAGCAGAAUGGAGAUAACCGAAACCAGAGUAAACGAACAAACUAUAAAAAUUUGUGAACAAGAGAAAACUAACACAGAGGCGAAUAUAUGAGAGGAUAUUUUAAAGAAUAAAAUAAAUGUCUAUAUUGACGGCAAAAAGUGAAAAAAAAAAAUUGAGAAUAAACUAAACAGAGUAAAAACUUUAUUAAGCUUUCAUAUACGGAACGUGCAAAAGGUGGAACGCUACACUAAAAGAAACACUAAACCAAAAACGCAAAAAAAAAAUAAGAAAUAAUAAGAGAAAUAAGAGAGAGAAAUGAAACGAUAUUCCUAUUCGCCGUUGGCGGCAUGCACUGGCGCAGCGCGAAAAGGGUGAGAAAUAAAUUAACAAUGCAGUCUUCAUGAUAAUAUUAAAUUAAGCAUAUAAAAACAAAAAACGAUGGAAUUGCAGGCGACGGAAACAGAUUAUUUGAAAAUGUUAGGUUAUAAAGAACAUAUUUCAAUAUAAAGUGUAUGUCAAGGAAAA